UCUUAGGAUUUUUUCAAUUUCCAGAACUUUCCUCUCCCUUCUCAUAUAAACUCACUCUCCCUUCUCCAGAAUCAAGAAACACUUUACACUUGUUCCAAAGCUUCAAUCUUUUUCCUCUGUGAACUCUUACCAAGAAGUACAAGAUACCAAGCCUGACUCCCGAGAACCGACAUCGGGUGAAGAGUGCCUCUGGGAUCCUCUGAUCAUCGUUAGGAAGCCUAGAGAAACGUAAACUAAACAAGCGCGAUGGAGUGUGUGGUCGUGAAAGAAGAGAAAGAGACGGUGACUUGUGCUGGAGGUUUCUCUUCUUCUUCCUCAUCUUCAAGCUUCCAACCGCAGCCGAUGGAGGGGCUGCACGAAGUUGGUCCUCCUCCCUUUCUGAACAAGACUUAUGAAAUGGUGGAAGACCCUUCAACGGAUUCCGUUGUUUCUUGGAGCAGAGCUCGCAACAGCUUUAUUGUUUGGGACUCUCAUAAUUUCUCCACUACUCUGCUUCCUAAGUAUUUCAAGCACAAUAACUUCUCCAGCUUCAUUCGCCAGCUUAACACUUAUGGAUUCAGAAAAGUUGAUCCUGAUCGAUGGGAAUUUGCAAAUGAAGGGUUUCUGAGAGGGCAGAAGCAUCUACUGAAGACCAUCAAAAGAAGAAGACAUGUUUCUCAAAGUAUGCAACAGCAAAGUGAAGGACCUUGCGUUGAAGUUGGAGAGUUUGGAUUGGAAGGUGAGCUAGAGAGAUUAAAAAGAGAUAGAAGUGUGCUAAUGGCAGAAAUCGUGAGGCUUCGGCAUCAACAACAGCAGUCAAGGGAACAAAUAGCUGCAAUGGAGGAUAGGUUACAAAGUACAGAGAGAAAACAACAGCAGAUGAUGACAUUCCUUGCUAAGGCUCUCAACAAUCCAUCCUUUGUCCAGCAACUCUCUCGGAGGAGUAUGCAGAGGAGAGAACUGAGAGGUGUUGAAAUUGGGCGCAAGCGGAGACUCAUGGCAAGCCCAAGUUUAGAAAAUUUGCAAGAGGAAGCUGCUUCUAUGGCGAUUGGUGUUGGCCAAGUUGUGGAUUACACGAAUCAAGAAUUGGGAACUAUAGAAACGGAGAUAGAUACAUUGUUCUCCUUGGAUAAUGAAUCAAGCAGUGAUGUCGGGGAUCCAAUAGCAUGUUCUACACAAGGGACUGGCGUGGAUAAUUGGGGUUCUGUGAAUGAGACUAUUUGGGAGGAGUUGCUGAAUGAUGAUUUAAUUGCUGGCAAUCCCAAUGAAGAAGUUAUCCCAGAUGAUGAACUGGAAUUUGAUGUAGAAGUUGAGGAUUUGGUUGCAAAACCUGAGGAUUGGGGUGAGGAAUUGCGAGACCUUGUGAAUCAAAUGGGUUAUCUAAGGUCGAAGUCAUGAUAUAACAGAUUGCUGUUAUGAAAUGGUUUUGAUAUUGUUCUCAGUUGCUCUCUGCAACUACAUUCCUGUUUUUAUAAUGGUAUGCCUACUAAACCAGAAUUAAAUGUUUGCGUUUCUUCAAGUAUUAUUGUAUGUUCUGUCUGCGACUCAUAGGAGAAAAUUGUUUUUUUCAUACGGCAGGGAAUGUUGAAAGUUGCAGUGGGGCCAACAGAUGUUCCUGUUCUUCUGUAUCCUUCAAUGAUUGUCUAGUUUUUUCAACAUUUUCUACGAAAAUUUGUUUAAUUGGUUCUAACAAUUUGUGAUUCUAUUGAUUGUUCUCUACGACAUUUUGCAGGCAGGUGGAGCAAAGAGGAUCAUUAGGGAGGGGUUUCAAUUCCAGGCUAGUCUAAGGGGUCUUGGACUCUACCCUGCUGUCUGUCCAUACAUGUUUGAUGUUUCCUUUGCUCGAGGCUAUGCGAGUUUCUGCAAUGUUGUACAUAAGUAGAUAGAACAUAGUUUGGUAUAGUAAUUACUAAGUUGAAUGAAAUUAUUAAUUAAAAUUGGCGGUGAAAAUUUCCCCCAUGACAAAUUUUUUCUAUUUUUUUCCCUCCAUUUAACUGUAUUGAUCAGGAGACAGAUUCAUACAUAUUCAAAGGCAAUUCCUUUAACAAUAUUACUGAAUUGUUUUA